CUCGGUUUCCUUCUCGAUGUUUCCUGCCGCCAGCCAAAUCAUUUUUUAGUUGAUGAAACAUCGAAUCCGUUCUUGUUUUUCUUCUCCGAACUUUUUCUCAGUCUGCUUCGUCAGCUGGACGCCGAAACGGCGCUCUACCGGUUGGGCGGUCUCCUGUGUCUUGCCACAGUCGGUUUCCAACAGCAACUGCAGCCGCAAACUCGUUUUCCUUACAGUUUCCCGCUACCAUUUCUCCCGGAGGAAUUUAUCUCUUGUAUGUUUUUUCUGUCUGUGGCUCCACCGCCAUCUGCUCCCGGAUAACGUUGCCGUUGUUCCUCUUUUUCGUUUCUCCGCGUCAACUCGGCAGCUGCUUGCCCGCGUGACUCUCGACGCAGAGUUGCUUGCUUGUUUGUCGGCAUCUUUUCUCCUCGUAAGUUGACUUCGUUUUUCACUCAGCUUCUCCCAUUGACGGCAUCCAAUUUGAUUCGCCCUCUUGGGUUGUGAAUGAAAACGCGCGGGUGACCGUCGAUGCCGUCAUUCCUUGGAAAAGCGAAAAAAGGCACAGCGAAGCGUUAGACGCACAGUGUGUGACUCUCUACUUUCUUUGACGUUCCGGUUUGGUCAACAGAAAGAGGGUUUACAUCGAAGAUCCUGCAGGUGCGGGUCGGUCAUAUCAUAUUGCCGGCUGGAAAUAAACGGCAAACAGACGUCGUGCCUCUAACUGCCCCAGAAGCCUAUCGCCGUCAAUUUUGUGAAGUCCCAACAGCCUCUGAAUCCCCUUUUCAGAACUCUUUUCAUUCCGCUGUCAUCCGUGAAGGUGACUCGUCUGUCGUGCAAAGCUUCCUGUAGAUAUCCGCAGCGGAGGCGAGAGAAGCCCGUUGGUGUCGAGUUCUCACUCCAGAAAUUCAUAGGUCUCUCAGUCUCCAGGGUUGACAUUCGUCUCUUGCUCGCGACUUCAUACUGAUCCCCGGGUUCGAACAGAAUAACAAUGGCGACAAACUUCGGCUUUGGAGGCGGCGCCUCAGGCUGCACAGACAGCGUGAAUUUCCUCGCGCAAGUCGACACAAGCGCAAUCGACGAAAUGGACCCGUCUCUGGCGGACGGCCACACUUUGGUGUAUUCGCGAGAGGUGCCUUUCGAAAUUCGACUGCAAGAAACCGGCUCGAGUCUGCCUGGAGACGUCGGCCGCCUGGAGCCCAUCCGCGUGAAAAUCCUCAUUCUCGGAGAGGAGACCAAUCCUCAGCACGUUCGCGUGGAGUUGACGAGUGAAAACGACUUGUUCCUGAACUACACCCACGCGCUCAAUGAGGACCUCUUUCGGCAAAUGCAAGAACGCCAGAAGUUGAUGAUUGAGUUUGGUGACUACCCAAGCGUUCUCAUCAAAAUGUUGAACUCCUGCAUCAAAGAACCCCACUGCUUCCUCGCGGUUCUCAUCAUGCACACCAAUGGCAAAGCACGUCUGGACUUCAUUCAGAGCAUGGAGUACAAGUUCAUCGAGCUGCUUUGCCUGGACUGCGUCCAGUCGACUGAAGAAUUCACUCGCCGAGACAUGACCUUCCGAUACAACGCACUGAAGAGCAAGCUGGCGCUUCUUCAGGCUCGGCUUCAUGACAUUGGUUGUCUGCUCAAACUGAAGAGCCCCUCGCUACUGCUCCACCUUCAAAAAGCCGCGCAGCAGCAGGCUCACAGACGCCAGCAGCAAGUCGCUGCCGCAGCCCCGAUCCCAGGAAAAUUGCGAGCUCCAGGAACCACGGAGGGCGCAUCCACUCGGUUCCUCUGAUCUAUGCUCCAUCCAGACUUUUCUAUUUCUCACUAAGAGACUGCGCGCGUAUGCACCUGGACACACUUAUGUACGAGUGCACGGUGGUGUAUGUGUAGGCAUGCAUCCCGAAAUCUUUGAAUGAAACUGAGAUUCUGAAUAUGUGCAAAGCAUGCUCACAACGCCAGAGAAACGGGGACAAACACACGGUGGGAGGUCUCAAGCGAAGACAGAGCAGGAAGCCCGUCUGCACUACGAACAGUCACUCUGGUAUUUCUUAACGCGACGGAAGAAUCUGGGAGUAAAACAAUCCCCAUAAUACAAUGGUGAAUACCGUAAGGUUCCUUCUUCUUAGGUCGCUAGAAACGGCGGGAAAGUCACGGUCGUUUAUGGGAGGACGCGUUUGUGUUGAAAGUAACUGGAGGAGCGAUAGCGCGCGCGGCACCUGCCAGCCUCUUUACCAAUCCCGUUGGGAUCUGGCACAGGGUCUCCCACAGAUGGCAAUGAGUGGAAAAGGUUCCACUUUGACGGCUUAUUUUGCUUAGGGCCAAUGAUUCAUUCCUUCGGUUUUGAUGUAACUCUGAUUCGCGAGAAACGAAAACAGAUCCUCUUCGAGGCUCUGGGCUUCAACGCCACUCGUCACAAGAAAAAGAGAUCCAAGCAGCAAACGAACUCUGAUAGAGGUUGAGGGAGAAAAUGGGCAGAUCCAGCGAGACAUGCGGAUUCGCUCCGAUGCUACCGAAGCUCUUCCUGUUUCACCACCCACAAAUACCACAAAGCCGAACAGUAACCAUAUGAUGGAGGCCGAAAUAGCCUCACCCAAGUCUGACAGAACAGCUGAAACGCUGUCACUUCUAAGCAGAACAGAAACCAAAACUUUCUGCAGAUAGUGAACAUGGAUGUUGUGCAGUUACGAGCACACCGGGUCUUCCCGCAUUCUCGGAAGAGUGAAGAAUCUUGUGUGAAGGCGGUCGUAAACGUCGCACUCUAGUACGAUUCUGUUGGGGCUAACGAAAUCAGAAAAAACACCUAG